CAUACAACGAAGCAACUCAGCUUAUCUGUAAUCUCAACCCAUAUCGCCUCAUAUAUAUUUUCUCGGCGGGCGUACUUUACGUUGAGGCCAACGCCUAGAAUCUCGUAAGCCGUUCAGUACCUUGAUAACUCUGCAAAAUACAUGAUGUGGUGUAUAGUAGUAUUACUGCUCAUGUUCUCUGUCUCAAUAGGGUCGGCGGAGGUUUUCUCCGAUGACCAGGCGAGUAAGGUGGCAAUGUUUGUGGAAGAGGUCAUGCAUUGUAGACAGGUCCCCGGGCUGACCCUGGCUGUUGUGAAGGGGGGUGAGACGUGGACACGGGGGUUCGGACAGGCGGACAUAGAACAAGGAGUGAACGUUACCAAGGAUACUUUGUUUGGAAUUGGAUCUGUGACCAAAGCUUUCACGAGUACCCUCCUGGCCAUGAUGUUGGAUGAAAGUAAUGGAAGUUUAACAUGGACGUCAAAGGUCAAGGACGUGUUGGGUCCAGACUUUGCAUUUGUGGACGAGGAGAGAACAAGGGAGACUACUCUGAAGGAUCUUUUGACCCACCGCACAGGGUUACAGCCUGCGGUCUUGCCCCUGUUUGCUGGACUGGACCACAACUUGACGAGAACUGAUUUUGCCAAGCGUUUCCGCUUUCUUCCGGAAGUUAAGCCAUCCCGUGACGUCUUCGAGUACAACAACUGGGGGUACGCUCUGCUCGGCCAUAUAGUGGAAGUGUUGUCAGGGGAAUCUUACGAAGCCACUCUGGAGAAACGAAUCUUCAAGCCAUUGGGGAUGAACCAGUCACGUGUCCUUGGAAAGACGAUAAGCGUAAAUGAACCAGCUAUGGCAAAACCCUACUUUGACGUGGAGAACGAGCUCAUAUUAACGGACCCCUCCAUUUACGACAUACAUCCAGGAGAGGCCGCAGGUGCCAUUGCGUCAUCAGCAGAGGACAUGGCUAAAUGGAUGCACUUCCUGCUGAGGCAAGGGGUGACAGCAGACAACGUCACACUGAUCAAAUCUAAAACACUCGCGGAGGUCUUUAAAUCUCACGAGAGUAUUCCUAUCAGUCAAUCCUUGUCGAAGCCAAAGUUUCCCGUGGUGGACUUACAGUAUGGCUAUGGCUAUGCAUGGUUCAUGUCGACUUAUAAGGGAUAUAAACAAGUCAGGCACACAGGGGGCUUGUUUUCUUACAUAACCUGGCUAGGACUUUACCCCGACAUGGACUUUGGAAUUUUUGUAAGUGCCAAUGGACCGGGGACAACGGACGAGGGAAUUACAGAAACAAUUAUCUCAUUCUAUAUUUCUGAUAUUUUGAUCGGUGAUCAAACUUGGCUAAAUUCAUCCACGGCUUGCACAUUCCCUUUGCCAUGGGAAAAGAUGCCGCCAAGUGGUCAAAAUAAUUCCGACGUCACGAACGCUGAAGUGGAAUGCCUUGAUUGUUAUGUUGGCAAAUACGGGCAUUAUCUGUUUGGUGACCUUGAUGUCAGAAGGGGACCAGGGUCGUCAUUGGAACUUCACUACAACAGGUUAUCGGGUUCUCUCAAUACCACAGUGGAUAAAAGUACAUUCAAAUUGGAAGCAUGGGGCUCCUUUAGGUUGUUUUCUCGGCCAGGUAAUGCUACGGUUCUGGUUCCAGUAAACUUCCAUGGGAUAAACAAAGGAAAGUAUUCACAAAUUGACCUCAUUUUCCCCCACAAGUUGACAUUUAAAAGAGGUAUCGGGUUUUAUGAUAAAAACAUAUACACAAGUACCAACACUGAAACAAAUGGGCAGACCGUAAAGGAGUUUAGCAAUCUUUCGAUGGUGUUUGCAGCACUAAGUGUAGUCUUAAGCUUGUUUAUGUGGUAGGGACUGUAUAAUCUUAAAAGUUUGACCUGGAGCAUCUUAUGACAAUAGGAUAUUUCACUAAAAAUAUUUGUGACUCCUUCCGAUACAUAGUUUUAUCCAUUGUAUUCAUAUCUGGCCAAAUGCUGAUGAAAAGAUAAAAGAUACAUUUAACGUAUGCUUUGUAUAAAGUAAAUAGAGAUUUGUUUUUUAAAAUGUUACAUUUUUAGUGUGGGGUGGGAUCAAUAAUUGGAUUCAAGAAAAUAACAAAUAAUGAGAUGUAAUAUAUUGUUUCUACUUUACAAGAUGAUUGUUAUUGUGGCCACUAUUUAGGCACCAUUUGUUAAAAAAGAUUAAACUGGUUAAUUGUGUGGUUGAAAUGUUGAUUAAUGUUCAUCAGAUCUGCUUACCAUCUUGUUUACCCUGUGUUCAACAGAACAUAUUUGGCCUUUUAUUUCAAAAUAGAACUCCGUGGUAUAAAUAUCAGUACCCAUUUGUAACUCGGGUAGUUUGUAUAACUUGUCAAGGCCCUGUGGAGAAUUCUGUUCUAAUUUGGGAUACCCAUCACAUACAAGCAGUCGGCUACGAUAUUGUUUUAGGUAUGUUGUAACUCAAUGAACUGCAACUGAAGUGACAAAGUGAAUUGAAGACUAGAUACUAAUAAUGUAGUUAAUUGUCUUUGAGCCGGUAUAUAAUCCCGAGGAGACUUUCGUAGAUUAUUCGUUUCUUCUUAAUUCGUUAACGCCGCACCGAUCAAUAGUCAAGUUAUGUUACGGCAGUCUAUAAGUAAUCUGGGAUUGAUAUGGUGAACGAUCUAUGCCGUCGUGGUAUGAUGGCACGCAGUUAUGGUAUGAUGGCAUGCAGUCGUGGUAUGAUGAUACGCAGUCAUGGUCUGAUGGCACGCAGUCGUGGUAUGAUGGCACGCAGUCGUGGUAUGAUGGCACACAGUCAUGGUAUAUUGGCAUGCAGUCGUGGUAUGAUUGCACACAGUCGUGGUAUGAUGAUAUGCAGUCGUGGUAUGAUGGCAUGCAGUCGUGGUCUGAUGGCACGCAGUCUUGGUAUGAUGGCACGCAGUCGUGGUAUGAUGGCAUGCAGUCGUGGUAUGAUGGCACGCAGUCGUGGUAUGAUGGCAUGCAGUCGUGGUAUGAUGGCACGCAGUCGUGGUAUGAUGGCACGCAGUCGUGGUAUGAUGGCAGGCAGUCAACUUCGCCUCCCGAGUCUGACCACUCGAUCCAUUAAGUCGCCUCAUCCGACAAGCAUAGGUUGCUGAUGGCCUUGGAACCACCAUGGGCUCUCUAGGUAUCUGAAAGAAGCAACAUUCAAUAAAUGUACACAUAUGUUAAAUAUAUAAUGAUUUUUUCAAUAAACAGAGAUAUGAACUGUUA